UUUCCCCAGACUGGCCGCUUCCUUCGUAGACGCCGCUACACCGCUUUGCCUUCCUCACAGACCGGCUCUCAAGUCCGUUAGCUAGGCCGGAAGUGGAGACCCAGACGUCCCGAGAGCAGGCAGAGCCGGAAGUGCGAUAGGGAGGUGCAUACUGGCCGGAAGCCGAGCUGCGGAAGCGGCGGAGGUGUAUCUCGGACAGGGUUGCUGCUCUGACGGAGGCGCUGCGGAGGCCGACGGUCGGGCGGCGGGGUCAGGGCGGAGGCUGAGGGCCGAGUCGGCAUGGCGGAGGGCGGGAGCCCCGAAGGGCGGGCCGGCCCGGGGUCCGCAGGUCCUAAUCUGAAGGAGUGGCUGAGGGAGCAAUUCUGUGACCAUCCACUAGAGCACUGUGAAGAUACAAGGCUCCACGAUGCAGCCUACGUAGGGGACCUCCAAACCCUAAGGAACCUAUUGCAAGAGGAGAGCUACCGAAGCCGCAUCAAUGAGAAGUCUGUCUGGUGCUGUGGUUGGCUCCCCUGUACACCAUUGAGAAUUGCAGCCACUGCAGGCCAUGGGAACUGUGUGGACUUCCUCAUACGCAAAGGGGCCGAGGUGGACCUGGUGGAUGUCAAGGGGCAGACUGCUCUGUAUGUGGCUGUAGUGAAUGGGCACCUGGAGAGCACUAAGAUCCUUUUGGAAGCUGGUGCUGACCCCAACGGCAGCCGGCACCACCGCAGCACUCCCGUCUACCAUGCCUCUCGAGUGGGUAGGGAUGACAUCCUGAAAGCUCUUAUCAGGUAUGGGGCGGACGUAGAUGUCAAUCAUCACUUGACUCCUGACACCAGGCCCCCUUUCUCAAGGCGGCUUACCUCCUUGGUGGUCUGUCCUUUAUACAUCAGUGCUGCCUACCAUAACCUUCAGUGCUUCCGGCUCCUCCUGCAGGCUGGGGCAAAUCCUGACUUCAAUUGCAAUGGCCCUGUCAAUACACAGGAAUUCUACAGGGGCUCCCCUGGGUGUGUCAUGGAUGCUGUCCUGCGCCAUGGUUGUGAGGCAGCCUUUGUGAGCCUGCUGGUAGAGUUUGGAGCCAACCUGAAUCUGGUGAAGUGGGAAUCACUGGGCCCAGAGGCAAGAGGCAGAAGGAAGAUGGACCCUGAGGCCUUGCAGGUCUUUAAAGAGGCCAGAAGUAUUCCCAGGACCUUGCUGAGUUUGUGCCGUGUGGCUGUGAGAAGAGCUCUUGGCAAAUACCGACUACAUCUGGUUCCCUCGCUGCCGCUGCCAGACCCCAUAAAGAAGUUUCUGCUUUAUGAGUAGAAUUCAGAUGCAGUGCUGACUGCAGUGAGGAGGCCGAUCAUCUGCAGUGAAAGUUGACACAGACUCUUGCAUCCUCUGAACCACGUCCUGUGCUGCCAACUUGUUCCCUGGCUGUCAGUGAAGAAGAAACGGCCAUGUUCUCUUGGAUUAUGAUUCCAUCUCAGGUGCUCGGGCCAUCGAACACUCCUUGAGUCAUUGUCAACUGAGAGGCGCAUACAAACUUAAUUUUGUUCUUCAGUAUCUCUGUUUUGGAUUUUUACUGUUAUAUAUUAAUGAAAUGGGCUAUAAAUGUGCGGUAUGGGUUGAACCUGCAAGCCUUGUAAUAGCCCUAGAGGGUAAGCGUGUAUUUUCCAUAGCUAUGCUUCUAUUUAUGUUUACUUUGCAAUUUAAUUGUUCUUUUUUAAGGCUUGAUAUCCAAACAAGAAGAGAGUUUUGGUAAGAAAAUAUGUAGCGAACAGAAACACAGUA